UGCGAGGAAAGAAGGAUGCCACUGCUCUCGCUCAGGCUUGACUGCGAAGGUUGAAGUCCCUUGACAUCAAGCUCGCUGACAUGACCGCUUUCCUCACAGACUCUGCCAGUUCGAACGUUUCUGCGAUAGAGGUGUUCCAGAAGGAUGAGAGURUCAAGCACAUCUUCUGGAUUCCUUGUGUGGCACACGUCAUGGACCUCAUCCUUGAGGACAUCGGCGACAUUGACUGGGUGGCGACCCGCAUUGCUCAGGCGUGUUUGGUCACAAAGUUUUUCAAGCGUCAUAACCACGCUCGUGAAGUUUUGCAAGCUUUCACGACGAAGGCUCUGCUGCUUCCUGCCGAGACUCACUUCGGUACGCAUGUGAUUAUGAUGCGACGACUUCUUCUGUUGCAAUCGUAUCUUAUGCAGGUGGUCGUUGAUGAUCGAUGGAAGGACACUGUUUGGUCAACGAAGAAGAUUCGAGACGACGACGCGGUGGUCACAGCAUGUGUCGGUUGUCCUCAAUGGUGGGAGGAUAUGAGAGCGUUGUGCAAGUUGUUGGAUCCCAUCAUGGACAUGUUGCAGAUGGUGGACAGCGACACAAGGCAGAUUGGCAAAAUUUUGCGUCGGUACGACGAGAUGAUCGUGCGUUGCUUGUCUGCAUGUGCCGCUUUGGAGAAGGACGAGCAGGAUGUGCUGCUUGAAGUGUUUGACAGACGCCGCACCAUAUUCAAGUCGCCUGCUCAUGUUGUUGCCAUGAUGUUGGACCCCGAGUUUCGAGACCGCACGAUGCCAGAUGACGAGGAGAUGCAGCACGGUUUGAAACUCGCUCUGAUUCAGUUUGGGUACCCGGAACAUUCGGAUCAGUACAACGAGGUCCUCACUGUCAUUGACAAGUUCCAUUCUAGGGAGCCGCCGUUCGACGACGUGGCCAUGGACCGGGCGGCGAGGAACUAUACCCAUCCAGCCUGUUUUUGGGAGUCAAAGGAGAAGAGGUUCCGCACACGGCCUUCUUCGCUGGCAGGAUACUGCGUGUGUGGGCGACUGCAUCGCCUUGCGAGAGAGCUUGGUCCCGUUGGAGUUUCAUCCACUCCAAAUCUCGUAACAGACUGGAGGUGGCGCGGACCGAGAAGCUCGUGCAAUGCCAUUGGAACCUUCGGCUCCUCGACAGGCAGGCUAUGUCGGACGAUGCUCCCAAUGACAGGCCACAUCCGUAUGGGAGCUGGGUGCACUACUGGCAGCAGGUGGAGGAGGAGGUGCCCACCGACCAGCAGCUUGUGGCAGACCGAGGAGCCCGUGAGGAGGUGUCAUGGCGGCGGUCGCGGAGAUGGUCGUCGGGGCAGUCGUGGGCGAGGCGGGCGUGGAGGUCCUGGCGGGAGGCGUAGUGUCACGAGUCGUGGAAGGGCAGCGGACGAGCUAGUACGCAAGCCUCGACAGCGAUGGGAUGAGGGAGACUUUUUGUACGAGAGCUCGUCCAGCGAUGACGAGGAUUUCUUCGGGACUGGCAGGCCUGCACAGGAUGGCGACAGCGAUUUCGACGACCGUCACCCGGACGUGGACGACGAUGAUGGCGCCAGUGGCGAUGAUCACAGUGACGGAGGAGAUAGGCCACGACCUGCACAUGGUGACACGAUGCACGACGACGGGGCAGGGGGCGAGCACCGCACAGCACUAGAUGACGCUCAAGAUGGAGUGGAUGAUAAUGGUUCACUACCUGUCCCGGGCGCUCCGAUGGGGCCUUCCGCAGCAGUCCCACAAUCGCAACAGGGUCCAACACCGUUGAUGCGUCAUCCCGAGGUUCAGGAAGAGAUCGGUCCUCUCCCGACAGUGCGGGACGAGGGUUCUGCCGGUGCACUGCAUCCACUCACUUCUGCCGGAGCGGCAGUCUCAGUUGCAGCGACCUCGGAUGUGGGACAGCCACUGGCAGCGGCGGAGCAAGAAAGUAUGCUCCCACCUCGCAGUGUUCAACCCAAUGUAUGCAGGGAGGGGGUUCAUAUGCAGCGAUCAGGCACGCACGGAGGCGAUGUAGUCAACACUGUACCGCGGCCACCGCUUGCAUUGAUGGAGGGGAGUCAGGGAACCGUUGCUGUGUGUCUAGGCGACGAUCUCCCAGAACGUGAGAUCUCACACACUCCCGCAGCCGAGCAGAGCGCCGCAGGCCAUGUCGGCCUCGCAUGCCCCACCGGCAGUCUUCCGGGUACCGGCGAGUUACUGACAAUGGACUUCGCGCUCGUUUUUCUACCGGACUUGUCGACAUUGAUAUCCCCAGGUCUACCCCAUGUGUCACCGCCCAAGACACAACAGCCUGUCGUCAUGGAGCGUGGAUCAGACGGGUUUGACGUGGCAGAAGGCGAUAUCGCCGAUAUGAUUACGAGCCCAAUGGUGUCUGUCACGCCCACGAUUUUUCGUGUUGGCAAACCACGCGAGGUUGCCCUUGGUUUGGCGGAGACGGCGACGCGAUACCACCGCGACGGUCAGCGCAGUAUCGCACAGCGCAGUCUUUCUCAUUCGUUUGACGACGCAGAGGAAGGGUCUCCUGGUGGGCCAGUUGACGCAGUCGAAAGAGAAGCAAGACCCCCAAGUCCGCCGUCAAACUCAGAGCAUCAUCCGAUUGUCGCGGCUGUCGGCGCAGAUGCGGGCGUACCCGUCGCAAACACUUUGGACGCGACAGUACAGCCUGUGGUUGGGUCAUCGCCGACAGCACGGCGCGACAGAGCUACUGUUUUGCCGACAAUGACAUUCUAUGCCAGGGGGAAGAGUACUGGGGAGAUGGAUGAGCAGGGAGUCCGGAAUGUUGGCAGGCCAUCUGCACCGUCUAUGGGGACACGAUCCAUUGAGAGUGUGGAUGGUGCUCGGCAUACCGCCAUGGCAGAGUUUGAGGACCGACACGGGAGUGCUUUGCCGACGAAGACGUCUGAUGUCCAUGCUAUGAGAGUCGUGAAGGCGAGUCUUUCUCGGGCAAGGAAGAAGGAAUCGGCAAGGAAGGCGUCACGUUCAUCCUCACAUAUGCGUUCCCGAGAGAGAGGAUCGGGCGUUGUGCAUCUCGAGGAGGGAGAGAUUGCACCUGACGGCGACGCAUUGGAUGUUGGAGGGAGGGAUGCAACGACAGCGGAUAUCGUCGCCAGGGAGGGCACAGGGGAUGCAGUGGCAGGUCAGAAGAGACGCGGCAGUGUACUUAUCGUCCACGACAACAGCACGGAUGUCGCCCCGGGAGAGCCCACAGGCACUGAUGAUGCAGGGGACUUCGAUUACGUACCCAAACCACGGGCGGCAGAUGGAGAUGAUGGAGGAGGGCGACGAGUGAGACCGAGGACACGACUCGGGCCGCAAGGGCAGCGAGCACAGGGCACACCAUCCGCGAUGAUUCCUGCCCCCAUAGAUCAGCAAGCUCAGGCGUAGCGGUUGCUGCGCAAAAUGGAGGUCACUCUUCAACAGACACACGGGUUAUCGCUUGACCGCG